AUGUCAUGGUGCUGUACUAAGGCUCAUGGUGCUGUACUAAGGCUUAACAACCCUUAUUCAGCCGGAGCUGUGGAACGAGCGAUUCGACGGCGAAGUCUAGGCACAAUAGCUAGGCACGAAGCCUUGAUCGGCGGAUCAAGCAUAUAUACAGUGAAUUCCACAGAGUGGAUCGAACGGAUUCAAUAUGGGGCCGGAACAGAACUUCCUAAGUUGAGUAGCAGCAAUUACGCCCACUGGUCGGGCCAGAUUCAACGAUAUUUAAUGAGCAAGAAAGCAUGGAAGCCCGUACGAGAGAAUACAAAGAUACGGAAUGAGACCGCGACUACAUUUGAAAGGAUGCGUAGUGUUACGCCAACCGCUAGCCCACUGAAUACCGGAGUUGAAUCUGCGGACAGGCGCAUCCAACCCCUAGCCGAUGAUGAAGAUUGCAUGGCACUGAAUGCAAAAGUUUCAAUGACGAUAUCAAAGACCAUCAGCCCAGGAGAUCAAACAGCAAUUAGGCAUAUGAUGUACGCAGGGGAUCAGUGGCUAUUCCUAGAGAAGAGAUAUGGAACAGUUAGUGGUGUGACCCUGAAUGGCAUGCGAAAGCAGAUCUCAAAUUGGAAGCUCUAG